UUUCCCCACGUCAUGACUCGUGGGUGGGAAGGAGAGGGUUUGAACCUUUGGAUCGAGUCUGAUGCGUUCACUGACUCGCCGCUGCGGGAGAAUUCAGCUCCUCCGCUCCAGAGACAGCGCCCAGCUUACAGUCAGCAGUCAUGUCCUUCAUACUUAUGAAGAAAAAGAAGUUUAAAUUCAAAAUAGACUUCGACUUGGAGGAGCUGUCCUCGGUUCCCUUCGUCAACGGAGUUUUAUUUUGUAAAGUGAGACUGUUGGACGGAGGCUUUGCCCACAAGUCCUCUCGAGAGCCGGUCCAAGCCAACUGUGUCUACUGGAAGAAAAGGUUUUCUUUCAUCUCUAAAAUGAGCGCCAACGUAGAGACAGGAGUGCUGGACCCCUGCAUGUGCCGAGUGUCUGUGAGAAAGGAAUUAAAAGGUGGAAAAUCUUUUGCAAAGCUUGGCUUUGCUGACUUGAACCUAUCAGAGUUUGCUGGGUCUGGCAGCACGGUACGGCGGUGUUUACUGGAGGGAUACAACACAAAGAACAGCAGACAGGACAACUCUAUUCUAAAGGUUGUUAUUUCUACACAGCUAAUGUCUGGAGACCCCUGCUUUAAAACUCCACCAUCGACAGCCAUGACUCUGGGAAUCCAACCGCGUGAGGCAGAGGGUCUCCUUGAGGACAGGAAAGGAGGCGACAUGCAUACAUCACACUCAGUGACCGCAACUCCAACAAAGUCAGCAUCAGUGCCAGAGGAGCUGAUUGCGUUUUGCAGCUCAAGAACAUCCAGCUAUGCAAGUCAGCUCUCGAAACUUUCAGGUUAUAGUUCAAAUCAUUCAAGUCUAACAGAUCUGAGCCACAGACGAAGUGCUUCUGGAGGCUCUACCUCCACAGGCAUCGGCAGCAUCGAUCCCAGUGACCAGCUGGGGGAGAGGGGAGAGAAAGAAAGCAGGAGCACGCCCCCUUCAACUGGCUCUCCAACUUGCUGUUCUACAGGUGAAAAAAUGUCCACGCCCAACAGGACUUUCAGGCAUCCUGUAAAACAGAACUCAGUGGAGAAUCAGCUAAAGAGAGUUGAUGCUACACGGGUAGACGCUUAUGAUAUCAUAGAGAAAAUCCUGCAGGGCCAGGAUUUCAGCCAUGGCUUCUUGGAUUCCAGUGCAGAGGAGGAGGGGCUCAGCUUGUUUGUUGGACCCGGUGGGAGCACGGCUUUGGGAAGUCAACACAUGAGGGUCGUAACAGGAGCCUUUGAGCAGGUGGUCAUCAAGCGGUAGGCUUUAAUAGGAAUUUGUCUUAAACGAGAGGAACUACCUCUCUGGAGCAAUGCAGGUGCCAAACGAACUUACUCCUACUUACUCCUAUCUGACUUUAGGAGGUUUUAUUUCCCUUAUGCAACAUUUCCCGGUAUGACCCCUGCAGGAUCUGCUGGCUGUGAAAGCCCCCUGCUGUUCAAAACAUGAAACUGAACAACAUUAUUAAAACUUUUUUUGCACCGAUAACGGAUUCUUUGUACUCUGUGAGGACACUCUGUACAAACUGUCAGCAUUUAGCUCUCUGAUAAAACCUCAAACAACAAAGAUGUUUCUCAAAUGCACGUCCAUCUACCUUGAUUUAACAGCAAUAUUGUUUCGGUUUCAGUGAGCUGUCAAUCUCUCUGCACUGUACUGAGAGACUCUAAUGUAGCAUUAAGUCUUAUUUUUAGCUCUUUGAUUUAAAAAAAGAAAAGAAGAAAGCUUUGAAAGGGUGUAACUGUCAGAGAUUCACAAUGUUUUAUACAUAAUGUUUCAAUAUGUUGAUUUUUUGUUUUCUUCAUAAUAAUUUCUAAAGGAAAGUGAAUGAAAAACAUUGUGUGCUCCUUUGGUUUUUUAGCCAUAAGGCAUACAAAACUGACAGUGAGAUCCUUAUUUACAUGUAUUGCACUAUAGAUACUUAAGAAUAGCUCAGCCAAAUAAAGCUGAAUAUCUCUCACCUGGUAGUGAAUGAGGAUGAAAAAACUGUAAAGAUAACCAAACUGUUUUUGUUUCCUUUUUUUUUGUCAUGCAGAAAUAUAUGUGUUCAUUAUCUAUAAUAAUGUGUAUUUAUGUUGGUUUGUUUUAGUACAGAAAUGUAUGUGAUUGUUUUAAAUACACUAGAGCUGAAUGUAUAUGUUGAUUAAAAAAA